UGUUGAAAAUCACAAAUUAAUGGCAAGCAACCCUCGAAUUAAUAAGAUAGAAUUCCAUGCCAAGAUGUUUCUAGAAGUCGAUGGAAAUAACCAAAAUCGUUCAAUGAAAAUUCAUAAAAAAAUCAAAUUUAAGAGUAAACCCUUUGGACCUUACCUUGAUCUUCGUAAACGAAAUUCGAAAAAUGCCGACCGCAAAGAGACUCCGGGCUUCGACGCAGGAGUGGUGCGAUCGGAACUCCAAGCCCAAGGCUCCGAAAAUCACUCCCGUCGUUCGCCCGGAACCCACGCGUUGGCAAAAGUCGGGACCCAUGGGCCGUAAUGAGUGGGCCAACUUUCACAGUAGUUAUCAAGUGGAUGCCAUGGCCAGUGCAGCGUUACGUAAUGAAAAAAGAUUGAAGGGUGGCAGGCAAAUUCAAGGCAGCAAUCCCUCUUCCGAAGAGGAUGAUAAUUUUCUGCGAGAAAACACCCAGCGAUUGAGUAUGCCGCGUUGGCAGCGCAAAAAGCAUAAUCCAUCGCCCCCUGAGAAAUUUGCUUAUCGACCUCGGCUCACUGGUCGAAGGACUCCUCGUCCGGAAAGUGGUAGACCCGUGGAAAAGCCAGCGGUUCCUUGCUGCUUUCAGCAUGUGGAUCUUGAGAAUGAGUUCUGGGCCAACAUGCGAUUCCCAAUCUCUCGGAAGGCCCUCAUUGCCUGUCCCAGCAAGAAGAUCUGUGAACUGUCCCGGCCACGAAAAUUUCGAAGACUCCACUGCAAGGUGCCCACCAAAUCGGAUGAUCAAAUACCCAAACGCCGGAAAAUGUCACCGCGUCAGUGGCGACUUCAUCUGCAGCGUCUCGAAUUUCUGUCUAAACCAAAUCCACGGGUUUUGGCCGGUCUAAUAUGCUGCUGUUCAUCCUAA